AUUUGAUUUGAACUAAUGAUCUGUCAAUUAUGUGUUGCUUUCAUUUUUCUUGUUGGCCAUAGGCAUGAGGCAAGGUUUAUUCAGCAAAUCAUCAAGGAGAUUGCAAAUAAAUUGAAUAGAACAAUCUUUAGUCUGGCCCCCUACCAAAUUGGAAUUGAUUCUCGUGUAGAAGAAAUUAAUUCUUGGUUACAAGAUGGAUCAGCAGAUGUUGGCGUUGUGACAAUAUGUGGGAUGGGUGGAAUAGGGAAGACAACCAUUGCCAAAAUAGUUUAUUAUCUGAAUUUUGACAGAUUUGAAGCUAGUAGUUUUCUAGCAAAUAUUAGAGAAAUAUCAGAACAACACAAUGGCAUGGUUUGUUUGCAAAGAAGACUGCUUCAGGAUAUUUUGAAGGGGAAACAAAAAAAAAUUUGUAGUGUCCAUGAAGGUAUUGUUAGGAUUAAAGAUGCUCUAUGUUGUAAAAGAGUUUUGCUUGUUCUUGAUGAUGUGGAUCAAGUGGACCAAUUAAAUGCAGUGCUCGUAAUGCAAGAUUGGUUUUAUCCAGGAAGUAAAAUUAUCAUAACUACUAGGCGUGAGCACUUGAUGAAGGCACAAAAACUGUACAAGUUGCAUAAGGUUAAGGAAUUAAAUGACGAUGAAUCGCUUGAGCUCUUUAGUUGGCAAGCCUUUCGACAAAACCACCCCAUUGAAGGUUAUGAGGAGCACUCAAAAAGAGUUGUGAGCUACUGCAGAGGGUUGCCUUUAGCCCUUCAAGUUUUGGGUUCUUCUUUAUUUCAAAGAAAUUUAGAUGUAUGGGAAAGUGCAUUAAAGAAAUUGAAAGCGAUUCCUGAUAGCCAAAUCCUUACAAAACUUAAAAUAAGUUUUGAUUCUUUGCAAGAUGACCAUGACAGAAAUUUGUUCUUAGAUGUUGCUUGUUUCUUUGUGGAAAAAGACAAAGAUUUCACAAUUACAGUGCUAGAUGGAUGUGAUUUCUACACUGAAGUAGGGAUUGACAACCUCAUUGAUAGAUGCCUGUUAAUAAUUGAUCAAAAGAACAAGCUGAUGAUGCAUCAAUUGCUUCAAGAUAUGGCACGAGAAAUUGUACGACAAGAAUCAACUGAAGAACCUGAGAAAAGGAGCAGACUAUGGCAUCAUAAGGAUGCAUUCAAUGUAUUAAUUGAAAAAACUGGGACAGAAACAGUUGAAGGCCUCAUCCUCAACAUGAACGGGUUUAACGAAGAGGAGCCAUCCAGGAGGGUAAAUAAUUCAAAAAGACAUCAUUCUGAAUAUUUUCAUGGCAACUCAUCAUUCCUUUAUAAAGGCAGUUCACCAUCAUCAAAGCGACGUCGUCUAAGCUUCUCUUGGCUCUCCAUGAAUUCUUCCUCAACAGAAUCAUUUCCAACAUCUAAAGAAGUAAAUAUACACACUGAUGCAUUUUCAAGAAUGCAGAGACUGAGAAUACUCCAGCUCUAUAAUGUACGGCUUACUGGAUGCUAUGAAGAAUUUCCUAAGAAGUUAAGAUGGCGUUGUUGGCAUGGGUUCCCUUUAAAAUCUAUACCCAAUGAUUUUUCUUUGGAGAGCUUGGUUGCACUUGAUAUGAGCUAUAGCAACCUGGAACGAGUUUGGAAUGGAACAAAGGGACUUUAUGAAUUUAUUAUAUUCAACACUUUUCUUCCUGGAAAUGAGGUUCCAAGCUGGUUCAGCAAUAAGAGCACGGGAUCCUCAAUUUGUUUGAAUGUGCCUUCACUUCCUAAUCUCAAAAUCCAAGGCUUGAAUGUAUGUGUUGUGUAUGAGCAAACAUAUGCAAAAUCUGAUGACCGAAGAAAUGAGUACUGGGAUAAUAUUUUUAUUAGAACCAGCAAUAAGACCAAGGGUUUUAAGUGGAUCUAUAGUCCCACUUUUGUGGGACUUCCAAAAGACAAUGAACAUAUGAUAUGGUUAAGCCAUUGGAAGAUCGGAAAUCAAUUGGAAGGUGGCGAUGAAGUUGAUGUUACAGUGAUUUUGUGGGCUUCUAUGAAGCUAAAAGAGUUUGGCAUUCAAGUUGUAUAUGAGCAAGAAGAGAACAAUACACAGCAGGGAGACUUGUAUCCUUCUUUUCAUAAUGUUGUCAACGAAGAUCUGUCGGCAUAUCAAGUCAGCACAGGCAUGUACUUCCUCUGCCAUCAUGAUUUUGACAUCUAUCAAGACUGCUCAAAAAGUGGUGGCUGGACUUCCAAAGGCUGGUAUGACUUCUUAUUUGGUGACUCUGUAACGACUGCACUGUGUAAAUAUUUCAAUAAUAUUUCGGGUGACUACCCUCUUGAUUCAUAAUUAAAAUAUAGAGACACCAGAACUAUAAAUAUAGAGUUCUUAUGCCAUUCAGUUUACAUCAA